UCAGUCAGUUGACUGGUAUUCGCCAUACCGAGCAGGUCUCUCACUUUGAGAUAUUGAGGAUUGCCGAACUUGAAGACGGAUCGUCAAGCUCCUUCUGAUCUAACUGUUACAUCGCCCUGUCUUUUGAAGUCUCCGGUCUUACUUCCGAAAGAAUGCUUAUCAGCUCGGUCCUCUUCGUGGCAGUCUGGACUAGUUCGUCAUUUGCAGAAGAAUCGUCCUCGAGUGAUGCCGCUUCCUCCAAACGGGCGCCCAUGGGGUUUCAGGGUAUGCGCGGAAAGAAGGACCUCAUUCCCACGGUCGCGGAACACAGUGAGCUGUCUAAAAGAACGUUAGUGGAUUUUCAGGGUAAGGACUCGAGUGCGCCCGACAUUGAGGACAAUCUCUUGCACGAGGAGUUUGACAAACGAGCACUGAUGGGAUUUCAGGGUAUGAGGGGGAAGAAGGAUUAUUUGAUACCUGAUUUUGAAGAUUCCUACUUCCGUGAGGACUACGAGAAAAGAGCGCCAAUGGGUUUUCAGGGUAUGAGAGGCAAAAAGGCAUUCGAGGACGAAUACUAUAAACGUGCACCCAUGGGAUUUCAAGGAAUGAGAGGGAAAAAAUCUUUGGAAGAGGUAUUGAGCGAAAUUGAAAAGAGGGCCGCGAUGGGCUUUUACGGUACUAGAGGCAAAAAAACAUACGUUUUUGAGUAUCCACAAGAUUAUGAAAAGAGACUUCUUGCGAUGGGAUUUCAAGAUAUGCGCGAUAAGCUGAAAGAAUUUCCGGCAGAGUGGGAGAAAAGAGCUCCCAUGGGAUUUCAGGGAAUGAGAGGCAAGAAAGCAUUGCUCGACAAGAUAGAAGAACUUGAGAAACGAGCCUAUAUGGGUUUUCAGGGUAUGAGAGGCAAAAAGGACGCCUUUGAAAAUUAUGUAGAUUACAUAGAUCCUGACAUGGAUUUCGACAAGAGAGCGCCAAUGGGUUUUCAAGGGAUGAGAGGCAAGAAAGACACCGAUAAGAGGGCAUCGAUGGGUUUUCAAGGUAUGAGAGGCAAGAGGAGUGUAGGACAAAGAUUUCAGACCGGAAUGGAUUUUGACCGGCAUGGAACUCAAUCAUUAAACGAAUAUCAAGGAAUGAACGAUAAGAGACAUGCUCUAGCCUCGUGCCAAGUUGAAAAGCGAUCGCCCUUCCGAUAUUUUGAUAUGCGCGGUAAGAAAAAUCCACGAUGGGAGUUACGGGGAAUGUUUGUGGGGGUGAGAGGCAAAAAGUGGGCGAGAGCCCCGUACGAGGACAACAGCCCGUUCGUAAGGGUGUUUGAUAACACCGAGAGGAUCGGCGUGGAUGGGGAUUCGCCGGCAACAUUAGAUUCACAAUAAUACAGCAGCUCUUAGAAACGGUAACGAAACUGUUACGAAACGUCUCCUCCAAAUAAUUUAACCGAUGUAGCUAAAUCUAAGAACGAGAAAAAAAGAGAAGAAGACGCGUUUAUCAGUUAUGAUGAUGGGUGCAAGUAUGCUGUCGUCUGUUGAUUUAUCAAUCCGUUAAUUAAGGCUACGUUGUUAUAAUUAUUUUUACAUGUCAUAAGCUCUAAUGUCAUAAGAUCUUGGUCUAGUCAACGUAGUUCGUUAUAUAUAUCCUAUCAUUUAUAUUUUGCCGCUAUAUUACAAGAUUCAGAAUUGCGUGCGUUGGACGCAGGUCGCAAGCCGCAUGUCGCAGAUACAAUCGCGGUUGAGAGCGUAAACUCAAGUGUGCACAAUGAACAUAAUGUAUGGAAGAAGAGUUCUACGACAGUGUUUCAUAAACGGUAUUUCGCGAAACUCUUGUUGCGAUUCCAUGAAUAACUCUCCUGUGAGAAAAGUAAAUUAUCUAAAAUUUUUAUUCUAUACUUCUUAUCUAUGGCCAAGAUAUAUUUUGAGAAAUUUUAUAUAUAAAAAAGAAAUAUUGUUUAAUUGACGAUUUUCCAUAUCAAAUAUAUGAUACGUAAAUUAAUCAAUCAAAUCACUCAAAGAAUUUAAUCUACAUUAUGUUAAAUAAAAUCUAAAUUAUGUUUAAGUAUCUAAUAUAUAUUACGCAUUAAAUUAAAUUUUUUGUAAAAAAAAUUGUUGUUAAUGAGACAAGAGUUUAACAUGCUUAAAGUUAUAUUUAUAAAAAAUGUGUCUAAAUUUCUAAAAAUAUUAAUUAAACUGUUAUUUAAAAAAAUCAUGCUUAAAAAUAGAUAUAUUUAAAUAUAAUACUAUUAAAUUUUGUUUAUUUUUUAAACAAAGACUGUGUGCAUUAAUUAGAUACAAAGAAGCUUGUUAAUAAUUGAAACACGAGUACCUAUCUGUUUUUAGGUUGCAUUUUAAUAUAGCUACAAAAAAUUUUUGAUUUAUGUGCAUUUACGAUUUGGGUCUUCCGACCUGUGUUGCAAACGACACGUUAUACUGACGAUGUGUAAUUAGUAAGAUUGAAUAACUCGAAGAUAUCUUCCGCCGAUUACAAUUGUACAUGUCAGCGAAAUCUUUCGAAAGAUGCCUAUAUCAGUAUUAUUGUUGAUUCAUACAGAAUGUAAAGAAUACCAAUCAUAGUAAUGAUACAUUUUUGAAUGAAUUUGUAGAAACAAUUAUUCCUUAACAAGAAGAUUCAAAUAAAAAUUGAUAGUAAUUUUGGGAUUUUUAACAUCAAAUAUGUUAAACAUUUAAAAGUUAAAGUAAAAUAUCUGUAAAAAGAAUAUUGUUUUUAAAUUAACAACGAGACAAGAAUUUAAUGCAUGCUCAAAAUUAAGUUUACAAAAAAAUAUUUAAGUUUAUAAAUGUUGAAUAUAAGCAGGUACUUGAAAUAAAUCACGUACAUAAAGUAAUUUUAUCGUUAAGGAAAAAUUGAUUUAGGAUUCAUGGAACAAUGUACUUCUACUAUUAAUAUUUUAUGGAACACUCUGUAUAUUUAUAAAUCUCGUGCAGGAUUUGUUCUACUUUAAUUUAUGGACACAUAUCGGCGCAAUUACGACAAAGUAAUUUCACGUCCUCGACUCCGAGAAAUAAAAUGUAAACGAGGAAUAGAUGGCGUGUAAGUUAAGAUUGAAUAGUGUAUAAAAAUAUCUAGCGUAUCUCGUGACAUAGAUAGGAAUUAUAUUUUUCUCUGGAUGUUAAGCGGUAAUUGUUAUCGUAGAUACAAUUACGUUCUUAAUCAUUGUCUAAAUCGUUUUAUUUUCGUCUUCCAACGAGAUGCAGAAUUGAUUGACGUUGAAAGGUGACCAUUUUUGUGGCCAUUGGUUCCGCUCAACGAGAUAAAAUUUAAUUCUGAUCCUGUUGAGACACUUUUAAGUAAUCAUGAUCCAAAACAUUUUACUUCACGUUUAAUUUCUACUAAUUGUUAUAUAUUUUUUCUAAUAUAAGUAACGCGAUAUUACAAUAAUAGUGGUAUUGCACAUAAUGAAUUUCUUGUUGAGGAAUUAUAACUUACUAAUUUCCAUCACGCAGUAUGCGGAAUUUAUGUUGUCAUGUACCUCUAUGUUUGUUGCAUAUCUUGUUAUAAAAUAAUAAAUUGCUUCAGGCUCUAAUAUUUCUAUAGCCCAUAAUGUUUUAUUCAUGUCCUUUCUUUAAUUAUUUCAUAAAUAUACAAAUGCGAAAAUUUAGCAUAAAUAAUUAUAUGUGUAUAUGUAUAUACUAUAUUGAUUGGGAGUCGUACAUUUUUAUUUCCAUUCGAUGUUAUGUAAGUUUUUCUGGAUUCGGCAUAAAUUGAGUGAGAAACUUAAAGAAAUUUCAAUGAAAAUAUUGCAAAUUCUGAUUGUAAUUAGCAUAAAUAAUAAUCAAUAAAUGGUUGUCAUGAAUAA